AUGGUUGCUAUGGCUGUGGUUGCAUGUUCUUAUUUCCUCCCUAAUGGUUUCCGUCCAAGCUUCCAAGUUGUAGCUGAGUAUGAACACCAGGGAAACUACAGCUGUGUGUAUGAAGUCACACUGUCCUCAAGGAAAUUCACGUCUACUGAGACAGCGACAAUUAGUGUUGUCAUUAAAUUGCCUUUGUUGCUGCUGGUCUCCACAGUAGUUGCUGGGAUCCUGCUGGUGCCCCUGCUGGUGUUGGUGGUGGUCUUUCUGGUUCUCAGGAGAAGGCGACGAACCAGGCAGCCUGGAGGCAACUUCCAAACUCAAUUGUCUGUCAGGAACCAUCAUGAAGACUUUGAGGAAGAGGAGGAGGAGGAGCAUUAUACAAACUUUGAAGCAGUGUAUCCCAAGAUGAGGCAGGAGCAAACAAGAGGAAUGGAAGAAGAGGAGGGCGAUGAAGAUCAUGACUAUGGGGAAGAGGAGGACAAUGGUCAUAAUCACGUUGGAAGCGAGGACAUCUAUGCCUUGGUUGAGGGACAAGGAGAGGAUGAUGAAGAUAGUGAUGAUGACUAUGUAAAUGUACAGCAGCCCUUUGAUGAAGACACUCUGGACAUUUACGGAGAACAUGAGGAUAUUUAUCAAAACAUUUAGCUCAUAUUCCAUCCAUCCUUUCAGAAUUUUACAGGGUAUUUUGGGAUUGUUGUGGCACUUUUUUGCUGAAAAGGUGAACAUUGCAAAACUGAAAACUGAAGGAAACUUGUCCAGUGAGAAUUAAAUCAAGUAACCUUACCAUAAAGGCUCACAAUUAUGAAGGUAAUGAGAUGUUGUCUGCAUGGUCUGUAUCUUCAGAACUAGACACAAGGAAGUGAGUUUGGUGACGUGGUUCGGGAAACUACAGCGAUUGAUCAAAUUUACAGAAAAGUUGCAGGGAUUUGACCAAAGUGUAAGGUUGUGCAGAAUUCAUAUGGAUUAGUAGAAUCUGUGUUAAUUAUUGUGAUCACAACUUCCUGGAGGGUUAUAUCAGCCUCAUAUUUUCUGUGCAUUUUUCUGACUGUACGCUCAAUGACCUCUUGUGGUUGCAGUGAUUCACAAUGUUUGAAAAACCUCAAACACAUAUUUAAUUCACUGUGCUGUGUUUUAUACUAAAUGCUCCUGACCGGCCAGUAGGGGCCACAAGUAAUCGACAACUGCUAUGCUAAAAUCAAGGCUUGCCUAAUCUGUUGAAGCCAACAGUUUGGCCUUCGUUGUGGCUCAAAAACUGACAUCCAUAAAAAAGUCUGGUCUCAUCUUGAACUGGAGCAUCUGCAGAUUAUUUCCAUAACCAAUAAUGUUGUUCCACUAAAGUUAGACAUGAUACAAGAUGAAUAAAUCAAUGGGACAUGCGGUUUCUGAUCUUGGCAACAUGAGGUGUAAAUUAUUUUUGAUUUCAGCUAUUUGGAGUUUAACCAAACAUGUAUAUGUCUAUGUCUCUUAUAUUGUUAUAAAGAGGCAUGGUUGCUGGUAAUGUUCUAAAUAAAUAAUAAUGUUUAAGUUGA